AUGUCCUCACCAAAAGUUACUGCUCUUAUGAAAGAAGUUUUGUUAUUGUCUCAAAACUGCCCUUCAAUCAGGAAAGCCACCACUGAUGACAGGCUGUACAACAUGUUCAGCAAUCCUCCUGUUGAUCCCAGCAUAGACGAGGACACCAUUACAAUUACUAUCAACACCAACCUAGACAAUGUCUAUGGGGUCGAUUGUGGAUCAACCUACUUACUCAGCGGAAUACAUGGGAUUCAGCGUGUCUUGGAUUAUAUAGACACCGCACGAAAGCAUCCCAACUGGACAUCAAAUGUUGAUUCUCUUGUUCUUCUCAAGCUUGAAGGUAUGAAGGACAAGUUGAAAGCGGCUGGGGCUGCACUUCCUGCUGCUAAUCGAGCUUUGGGACCUGGGAACACGGGACAUAAGCCAUCAAAAAAGGUUGCCAAUAAAAACGCUUCCAAUGUGGCCACAGUGUUAGAUUAUCACGCCGCGGGAAAGAAACAUCCAUUUUUGGAUGACGAUAAGGAUGCUGGUCCAACGGUCAAAAAGAACAAAAUUGCCGAGAAAGACACAACCAACUCAUCCUCGCCUGGCAUUUCAAGAAUGCCAAGACUCAAGCUCAGACUGCCGCUCACUUUAACAUAA